UAUUGUAAAUAGAAAUGAUCGUGUUUCACAGAAUUUUAAAUGUUUGCACUUAUUUACAGUUAUAUUUAUUUAUUUUCAUUAUUACAUUUGUAAACGUAGCUUCUCCAGGAGCCAAUGACUUGCAUUUUAAUGAUGGUGCAUCAAUUGCCGAUGUUAUUGCAGGAGAUGUAUUUUUCGAAAUUAUUGAUCCACCUGAAUUGAGAUAUUCAUAUCGUAUAAGACCGGCGAAGGAUUUUGGCGCAACCUUCAAUGAAAGUCUUCAGUUUGAGAAAACACGUCUAGUCCCCACUUUACCAUUGCACAGUUGUGGUGAUAUAAUAAAUAAUGAAGAAGUAUUUGGACACAUUGCAUUAUCUGAAAGAGGAGAAUGUUCGUUUGUUUACAAAACAGCCAAAGCCCAACAGGCUGGAGCCCGUGCCAUAAUAAUAACAGAAUCAGUAGAUAGGUGGGAUGACACAUUGGAUCAUCUCAUAGAGAUGGUGGAUGACAAAAUGGACUUUGAUGUUAACAUCCCAGCCGCUUUCCUCCUGGGCCGUAGUGGCGCUACAAUACUGAAAACUUUAAAAAAGUUACAUAGGACUUAUGCUGUUAUUAAUUUGCCUGUCAAUAUGACUCAUGUACCUAUAAACAAAAUGAAUCAACCACCAUGGAUCUCUUGGUAAAGAUGUUAUUUAAGCAAACAUUGUUAUUGUAUAUUUUGUUACAUAAUUUUGUUUUAUUUAUUAGAGUAAUGUUUAAACAUAUAGACCAAUAAAAUCAUCUGAUCCGGAGGGCAUGAGUCAAACUAAAUUACAAUCUAGUGUUACAGACGUAUCUGGGCUUGUAAGAGAAGCGCCUAUGUAGAAAUAGGAAAUUGCAUUCAUGAAAAAAUCAUGACAAGACAGCUAGAGUACAACAUGGAUCACCUAUAUAAUUCUCCUUUUUGCAUUGAUAGA